AUGGAUGCUGCCCAUGCGCAACCUCCCAACUAUCGCCAUGGCAGCAGCCAGGCGCUGUGGCCUGAGCAGCCUGUCCAGCUCGCUCGCGGCCGUCAACCGCGUGAUGCCCUGGCCAAGACGAUUCCCUACAGUGUUGCCUCGAUGGACAACUUCGAGACGUCAUUACGCGACUAUUUGAACAACCCACCAGACCUGCCAGAACACACCGAGGCCCAGCUGUCCUUUUAUAUUGGCGCCAGCUUCAUGGUCGCCGCCUCCACCCUCAACACCACGAAUGCCUCGUCACACACUCAGCCCCAGCAGACAUCGUCGCUGCCAGAGCCACCCUCGCAGCCCCACCACCAGCACCAGCAGCCGCAACACCAGCACCAGCAGCAACAACAGCAACAACCGAACAACCACCACCAACAACAACAUCAAAGCCAAAGCCAAAGCCAAAGCCAAAGCCAAAACCAACAGCGGCAGCAACACCCCAAGCCGCCCCCCGGCUACCUACCUGCCAAUGGCCUGUCCACACAAUAUACCGGCUCUUCGCAACCCUUUCACUCCGUCUCUAACCCUGCAACCGACCUGACGCUGCCCGACUUUGCUCAGCCCACCGAGUCGACCGAGACUACGAUCGUCAAUGGAGACAAGACCGACACCAGGGUCAGCCUCAGCAUCGUCGAGGCACUGCAGCCGACAUCGGACCCCAAGGAGAAGAUGCGCAAGCAGCGAGCCAUCGCCAAAUGUUGCGUCGACUCGAUACAGCGCAUCGACGGCUACCGCUACAGCUUCCACAAUUGCUGGAACAGCAAAGAGGACGACAGCUUCCGCUUCUCCUACUACUGCAACGAUUCGCUGCUCAACAAAGAUCGGGCCGCGAACGGCAAGGGCGCGAAGCUGGGGAAGCGUGCGACGAAGCCCGUAUACGACUGCAAAGGUGUCCUGUCCAUCAAGUUCUCGGCCACCAAGCAGACCUUGGAUGUCUUCUACAAGCACAUUCCACUACACAAAACGUAUGAAGAACGAGCCCCGCCUCCACGCAAAGACUCGAAGCGCCGCAAGUUCCUCGAGGAGCACGACCCAGAAGCCUUGACCCGCAUUGCAAGUCGGUCUCGGGAUGCGACCGUGGUCAGCGAGGAGCGUGAUGUAACGCCCAAGGCCAAGAAAAAGAGGGCUAAGCCAGACCCGCCUAAACCGUCCAACACGUCCCUCGAGAGUGAUUUGCGCGCACAAAGUCUGCGCUCGCUGUUAGAGCUCAUCCAGGUGGACCCAGUUGCAGCGCCAGGACCGACAACGCUGCCUGCGCCGCCCCAACCGCCGCCCUUUCAAGCGCCUCCACCGCAAGUCUUUCCAGAGUUCCCCGUGCCAGCGCUUGCGCAACCAACUCCGCUCCAAGACCAAGGUAUGGCCCUUUGGGACAUGGGCGACAUGGCUUGA